AUGGCAAACCCUCCUGAGAUGUCUACGUCCCAGUCCGCAGUGACUGUCAGAGUUUCCGCGUUACCGUCCUCAACGAUGCUUCUCACAUCCCGCUCAAUGUCGCACGACGCGUUAUCAGUGAUCUCAAGCCCGAGAGUUCGCGCGCAGACGGACUCGGCUCUUCUCAACCUACCAGCCUCUUCCAGCCACCCGCUGAACAGGGUGUCUGCCAGUCCAUCAAUUAACCCGCCGACCUCCGCUUCUACCCCAGUUCUGUUGGGCGAGGCUCUCAAGUCAACCUUCCGAGCAAGAUCCAGAUCACAAGCAGUCUUCCCUGACGUCGCUCGUGCAAAGGCAGAGUGCAACUCAAACUCGCUUAGUGGGGUUUCCUCCUACUGGUGGAAUAGGAUUCAAUUUCUUCCUCGCCCUUGGGAGGAUCGAUCGCAAGAGGGUAAUGCUGUUCCCGUCGAACAGUCCGAGAGCUGGAAACGCACCAAAGAGACUGUUACUCGGGCGACUGCUUCAGCUUUGGGUAUCGUUGGACCUAUUGCUUUGGAAACCUUGGCUGCCAGCGUUGACUUGCUAGAAUUCGCCCCUGUUCCAGGGCUGCAAUCCAUCGCCAAGGCUCUGCUGAACAUUUGGGAGGCCGUGCAGGAGGUCGAUACGAACCGUCUUGCCUUCCUUCGUCUUACCCAAAGAUGCGCCACCCUGUUAUUGUCUGUCCGAGAUGAGAUUCAUGCCGCAGGAGAUGCAGUUUGUGAAGAGCUCACGGUACCACUACGGAACAUGGAAAGAUCUUUCAACGAGAUUUUGAGUCUAGCAGAAGUUCAAGGCAAGAUGCCCUUUCUCAAGCGAUACCUAAGAAGAGAGGAAACGGCGCGCGAAAUUAGCCACUGCCACGUUGAUCUGGAUCAAGCGUUGACGUUGUUUUCUACUUCAGUUCAAAUCCGAACGCUCAAACUGGUUCAAAGUCGCGACUUCAAUUGCUCAGAAUGCUGCCUCGAACCAGUCUCAGAACGCAGCCCCAAUCUGUCGUCGGCUGCAGACGCGACUCCUUGUGGUUCGACAAUUACUACGCCAGGACUCCCGCCCUCUUCAUCUCAUUCAUCUUUGGCAACUCCAACAUCCUCAGAAACAAUCUGCUCCUCGCAGACUACGUUAUCGAUCCUUUCGGCCCUCCGCGAGCUUCAAACGCUGCAGAACCAGAAGGAUGAAAGAUCCGAUUUGCAGGACUUGCGACAGCUCAUGAGAGCCGCAUUGCAAACGGGGAGCGAUUCUGAUAUGGUUUGCUUCUUGCAGAUUGCCAGAGAAGAGAUGCUUGAGGCCAUCAAAACUCUUCAGCGGACCUUGGAGAGCGGAAAUUUUGAGACGCCUUCUGGAAACCAUGAUGCUGAUCAACCUGGGCAUCAGAAAGAUACUCUUCACCAAGAGUUCAUUGAGAGUGGUAUUGACGCUCUGAGACGAAUGAGUAAAGGUGCUGAGACGACGACUCUACCAAGCUGGACCAUAACUAAGUUUGAGGUGGAUGCCGGCCAAAAGAUUGGCAUUGGGUCUUUCUCUGAUGUUUUCAAAGGUACCUGGAAGGGACGUACGGUCGCCAUCAAAGUCCUUGCGGAAUCCACUCCACAGAAGCUCUUUGUUCGUGAAAUGGAGGUGUGGAAAACACUCAAGCAUCCGAACGUUCUGCAGCUGUAUGGCGCAAGCAGUGCUAGCUGCGAUCCGCCUUGGUUCUUUGUCAGCCCUUACGAAAAGAACGGGAGUUUGGUGGAGUUUUUGAAACGAAUCGCGAUGUAUCCCCCUUAUGGUAGAGCGGAUAUUGGACUCGGAUUGAUCGUCGCGAAUUUACCCAACUCGAGGAGUCGUGGCAGCUUUGGAAAGGGAUGCGGGAAGGUGUUGAAAGAGGGGGACAUAUAUCGGAUCAUGCAAGAGAUUUCAAAAGGCAUGGAGUAUUUACAUCGACGUGGAGUCUUGCAUGGAGAUUUGAAAGCUUCGAACGUUUUAGUUGAUGAUGAUUGCAGAUGCGUCAUAUCUGACUUCGGGCAGAGCGAGAUGAAGUCGGAGGCAUCCCGAAUCAGUGGUAUACAGUUUCGUGGUGGCACUCUUCGCUGGCAAUCACCCGAGUUGAUGGGUGGCUUGAGUACCCUGACUCCUGCCAUUGACGUUUAUGCGUACGCCAUUUCCUGCAUUGAAAUUUUAUCGAUGGGAGAAAUGCCUUGGCCUCUGAUGGAUGACGACGCUGUUCGAUUUUUUGUGCUGAAAGAGAACAGCCGUCCCGUCAUUCCCCCCGACUUCACUUCGCCAGCGCUUUGCGAACUUCUCCGACUGUGCUGGCAUAGUGACCCUAACGCCCGUCCUUCCUUCUCCACAAUCAUUGCUGCACUCCAAGAGCUGCGUGAUGCUGCUGGUCCAAGUGGCAAUGAACUUCUCACCCCCCAGAUCCCGGAGCUGCCUGAAAAUGAAGAGCAUCUUUCUCCUGAUAUGUGUCCCACCACCCCCCAAUCUCCGCGAACGUCUUCCCCUACUUUGACAUCUACCUCUGUGAGGUCGUCAUUGAAUGCAUCCUUCCACAACUGGGACUUUGUCAAGGUGCCAACAGUAGGAACACCAACGCCACGGGUGGAGGAGGAGAUCAUCUCCAAUGAAAGUCUGUCGAUGCCUCAGCCUGUUUUGUAUAAGCCCUCGUACCCGCCCAGCUCUACGACUUCAUCCUACGCUAGCAGCACUGAGUUGGAUUCCGAUGAGGAUAUCGACGGUCCGCGGCAUGAUAGGUAUGACUCCCCUACCCCUCAGGAUCACACAGCUGUCGAGAGUCGGAACGAGCGCCGUUAUCGUUUGUUGCUGAACCACAAGUUUCAUCCUUCACUGACUCUUCCGUUGUGGGAACCGGUGUCAGUUCAGCUUGGCGACGUCGGCUACCUGUCCAAGCCAAGUGGAACCUUCGUCACGCUCUUCAACGCCUUCAAACCGGACAAGACUUCGAAUGGUCUCACUGCUGGCAUGCCCUCUAUCGCUGGGUAUGGCAACGUGUCCAGGGGUAGUCAGCGUCAAGACAAGAGAAAUGCUGCACAACGAGGGAUCGAUGCGUUCUCUGGACUUUUGACCUUUCGUAGCAAGAGUGACAUUCCUGUUUCGCGACGCGAAUCCUUUCUCCUCCGAGCGGGACACAAGUCGGCACACAUGUACACGGAGACGACUGAGUAUCAGUACAUAAAGAAGCUCAAGGCUCCCAAAGCGUGGUUCAAGGCGAAUGCGGGUGCCAUACUGAAUAUUUAUGGCGCUACGCAUAAUAUUCAGAAGGAGGAGAUUUUGUUGGUCAUUGGUGCUCUUCAAACACCCAACUAUGCCCUCUUUGUUAGCCACAGGCAUCCAGACGGACAGGCUCAUUUCAAUGUCUUUUCGUCUCAAAGAAAGGGCCAGCCUUGGGGAACGUUUACGACUGAUACGAAGAUGCCCGCCGAACAAGGUGGGCCAUGCUACGACGAACCUAUACAUGAAGAACAUAUAUCUGCAAGCAAAGUUUCGAGCGUGGGGUGUCCUCAGAAAGCCGUUCUCAUCGCUCGGUUACGAUUUAAGCCUGACGUUCUCGAGCCUACGUCCCUAUGA